AUGGUGGGUUCGUGUGAUGUUAAAUUUAACAUUAAAUUAGAAGGUUUAGCUUAUUCACAUUCUAAUUACUGUUCCUAUGAGCCCGAAUUGUUUCCAGGUCUUAUUUAUAGAAUGGUUAAACCUAGGAUUGUUUUACUGAUUUUUGUUAGUGGAAAGAUUGUUUUAACGGGGGCUAAGUUUAAAGCAGAUAUUGAUACAGCUUUUGACUUUAUUUACCCAACUUUAGUAAAGUAUAAGAAAAAUUAA